AUGACUAAUCAAGGAGUACCCAAGGAUUGGAAACAUUUUAAGACUACUAUUCUGGACAAGUAUUUUCCUAGCACUUUGAGAAUUCAUAAGGAGUUUCAAUUACAACAGCUUAGGCAGGGUGUUAUGGCAGUGGUUGAAUAUGCUGAAAAGUUUGAGGGCAUGGUUUCUUACUCCAGGAAAUCUGUGUAUGCACCAGAUGGGAAAUGGAAGAUUGAUCAGUUUAUAUUUGGAUUAAGGGGUGAAAUCUCUCAUAGUGUUUCUCAGAGGGAAUUCAAUACUUAUGCAGAGCUAUUUAGACAAUGUUAUGUAACUGAAAAUAGUUUGAAGAAGGUUCGAGAGGAAAGGGAACAAUUUAGAGUUCGCCAGAAGGACCAAGGGAGACCAAGUCGUCAGUUUAGGCCUAGACCUCAACCUUUCAAAGAAAAACAAGUGCAACAUGCAAAACCUACCCACCCUCUUCAAUGUCAAAUGUCUAAGAGGUUUAAUUUCGAGAGAUAUGCCUGA